CACUUGCAGUCCAAAUCCCAGCAGUUCGAACGUUAACUCGAGUGAAUAUGCCCCAAAAAACAACACAGUUCCAGCUAAAACUAAUAAAAUUAAGAAUCCAUCCCCAAAAUAUAUUGCACGAGAGAACAUGAUAGAAGCUGACGUGAUUUUGAAAAACACGUCCAGGGGACCGAAACAUUCUCCGUCUUUAACUAAGAAGAGUGAGCUGAUUAAAUCUUGGGUCUCAAGUAAAAAAGUAGGUAGGAUUCAAACCCGAUUGCCACAGACUUUCCCAACUACGAUGAACAGGUUCACUCCUUUAAUGUCAUGUGAUGUGCCCCUAGCCUCUCCAAGUUGUAAGACUGAUAAUAUCAAGAGCAUGUCAGACCAACAUCUGAACAUGCGCACUAAUAAUUAUUAUCCAAGAGCUAGGUGCACUGCCCAACCACCUAAUCCUAGAAUUAUUAGUGAAAGUGGAAAUGGAAGAUUUUUCACCCCUCACCCUAUCCUAAAUACCCGGGCUUUUAUUCGCAAAAACGCUGAGAAUGAAAACUCUAUGCAUCCUGCUCUACCAAACCAGCUGGUAAACAUGACCCCCAAAUUUAGAAAAGGCCAUAGCAACUGGCACUCGUAUAUGGCUAACCCUCCCCAAGUUAAAACCAUUCCGUAUAAAUUUAACCUUAGUAACGAGCUGUGUCAUCAAGACAUUACUAGAAACGGUGGUGAACUGCAAUGCCAGCCGAAUCAAAAUUUUUUCGGGAUACAGCCACUUGUGGUACCUCUUGCGCGACAUAUAGCUCAAGUCAUUUCAUACCACAUACAGAAUAUGACAGCACGCUCCUCGCACAAUCUCAAACAGACAACAUUCUCCCCCUUUCCCCCGGGCUAACAACCCCUCCUGUAAAUUCCAGUAAUUUACUUAGCAUGUCCCCCCCAAACUCCUCAUACCACACUCACGUAGAUCAUAGUAACUCCUUUACCCAAGAUACCCUAAACUAUUUUAGCUUAGCGGGACAUCUGUUUAAUAUAUGUCUUAUUAAUGCUCGUUCAAUCUGUAAUAAAAAGACAGAUCUAGUCAUGUUUGCUACUAUCUGUCAACCAUCACUUAUUAUGAUAACUGAGACAUGGACCUGUAGUAAUAUUUCUGAUCUUACUAUAUCUCUUGAAAACUAUGAUCUGUUUCGAAGUGAUAGGUUAGAAGGAAGAGGUGGAGGAUGCCUCAUAUAUGCCCACUCUAGCCUAAACUCGCUCUUAUGUGAUAUAUCUGAACUAAAUAGAUUGCCAGACUCUGUGUGGAUCGUUCUGAAACCGUCAAAUGCCGUUUCCUUACUGUUCGGCUGUGUCUACCGACAGCCUAAUGCACCAACA